CCCCAUGAAUGGUGCAGGUCACUGUGAUCUCCCAAGGGUUUUAAUUGACAAAAUUUGCUUAGCUAUUCGUCAUAUUUACGAAAAUUGGGGAGAUUUCCGUAUCCUGGUCUGUGGCAGAAUAAUCACCAAGUCUUUGCAAUUUUCGGGCAGCGGCCCGCGAGAAACUGAAAAAUACAUCACAGAAAGGGGCCAACUCGAAAUGUAUAACUCGUAGCCACCCGCAGAGAAUGGCAACUAAACGGAAAGCCAGCACUUUAAAUGCCAAGAAAAUUCCGAAGACUACUGCUUUAUGGAAGGACAAGGAAUUGUUAGAUUUAGCUGCAGCUCUUCAGUAUUAUGGAUUUUCGGAAACUGAAAAAAUUGCUGAAGCUCUUCAAACAAAAGAUGAAAAUACUGUAAAAUCUUUUUUGGCUACUGAAGUUUCUAAGGUGCGUCAAAAAGCAAGCCAGAAGGAGGCACGACCCGGUAGAAAGGCUGGUAUAUCACAAUGGUAUAAUCCAGACAUAGAAGAUUUGAAAAAUUGGCCUGCUUCACGAGCAUGGAGAAGAGUUGUGUUUGAUCAACUUAUGCCAUGCGUAAAAAAGAAUGACUACAGCAAAAUUACACUUGAAGAUUUGUUUGAAACAUUUUAUAAUGAAGCUGAAGAAGUGAGUGAUCCACAAGUGGUGAAUGUGAAAGCAGUUUACAAAUAUUUUUUGGACUGCGUUCGUGGAACCGUUCCUGCUGAGCUCUCCCCUGUCGAUAGUGCUGCUGUCUUAAUGCUCUGUGGACAAUUGGUAGAAAUGCAGAGAUACCUGGAUUUUGAGGAUGAGAAGAAAUUUAUAACAACUUUCAGAUCAGCUAGAACCUUUGCACCAAUUAAAGUAAAAGAUGAAUUCAGAGACAAAUCUAUAAAAAGAUCAGAAGAACUUCAGAACUCAGUGCAUGUCAGUCAACCAAGCAGUUCAAAAGGAGAAAAUAAUGCAGGUUGUAGCAGUAAGAAUAAAGAGGAAGAUACUAUAAAUGUAGUAGAAGAUAUGUUUAUGAAUCUUACGAAACAUAGGAAGCUUGUGCAAAGCUUUAAUCCUCUUAAUGUGCCUGUCUGGACUCUUCUCAAAGAACAAGGCUACGUUCAAAAUAAGUGUGAUCUUACACCAAGAGUGCCUUUCUAAGAAGCAUUUUGUUUUCAUCUCAUGGAUUUUUUUUGUUGUUUUCAUUGUUACAUAACAUCUGUGCAUAUUUUCACAUAAUGUCAUAAAACUUGUUUUUUUUAUUUUUUAUUCUUGUAGCUCUUAAUGUUGUGUAUAUUAUGUUUUCAAUAUAUUUCUCUGAUUAUAGUUAAAGUAAAUAAAAAAAAAAUUCACACCAA